AACACUCAAGCCGGAAGUGUUUACAUUCUUUUAGCUUUAAGAAGUUAGCAUAAAACACCUCAACUUCAUAGCUAAUUCUGGCUGCCUAUGCUUCAUUUAUGUCUGUCAUUAAUAAAAAUAAACUGCAACGACGUCAGCUGGACAAGCACAUAACGUAAAAAACAUUCUUAGUUAACGACUUCAUGGACCUUUAUUUCCUCCGCUAGCUAGUUAGCUAACUCCGCUAAGCUGUCAUGGCUGCUAACCCUCCAGGACAAGGCUUUCAGAACAAGACCCGUGUGGCCAUCCUGGCGGAGCUGGACAAGGAGAAAAGGCGGCUGAUGCAGAGCCAGUCCACGAACAGCCCCGGAGCCAACAUCCCAUUUUCACCCAGAGCCAGCCUGAAGGAGGCGAGGGACAGCGCGGAGCAGCAGCACAUCGCCGCCCAGCAAAAGGCCGCCCUGCAACACGCUCACGUCCACUCUUCCGGUUUCUUCAUCACUCAGGACUCCUCGUUUGGGAACCUCAUCCUCCCGGUGCUCCCCCGACUGGAGCCCGGUGUUUGACUCUCAACCUCCGAACAAAUGACCUGUUUCUCUUCACAUACGAUACGAUGAUACAUGUAGCUCUGGAGAGCUAUAACAUAUUAAUAACACGCCUUGGCAAUAGUAAGGACUUUCUAUGGAAGGUAAUGAUGAGGAUAUAAAUAUGAUAUAAAGAAGGGAAAGCCAAGUGUUGGAAAGGCACAUUUUCAUUAACGUAAAGCAUAUUCGAGCCCAGGUGUAUUGAUUGGUUUCUUGGUCAAGGGGGAAUAAAAUAUUGUAAUAGGGAUGGAUGUGAUAGUUUAUACAGGCCUAUACAUAAAGCACAACACUUAGUAUAACACUUAUUUGCCCAAGGGAAUAAUUGUACUACAUUGGCUCCUUAGAAAAUGGAGAUAAUAACACACAAAUUGCACAAUAACAACGUUUUUUCAAACAUCCACUAUGUUAGAAAAAACUGUCUCAACUCAUUUAUUGUACAUUUUUUUUAUAAUUGAAUUUUUUUUACAUGUGAAUAUCAUCACUGUCAAUAUGAAUAUAUGCAUGCUGUAUAUACUGCCAAAUCCAACUAUCUCAUCUAUAUAAAACAACCUGUUAACAUUAGUAUUAAUAUUUGUUCCAGUACCCUUUGCACCUUUAUAUCUGUAUUAAUAGCAAUCAACGUUAAUGUUGACAUGGUUCAGCAAUGUUGUCCUUGUUUUUUGCUGUUAUGGCUAAUUAUGUGCAAGUUCACUGAGAGUAACAAAACCGGAGACUAAUUCCUUGUUUGUGUACACACUUGGCCAAUAAAGCUGACUCUGAUUUUG